GUUUGCAGCUGGAAGUCACCGCUCCAGGGAAAGUUUGCCUUUCAUAAAUACCUUUCCUUUUCUGUGUGCUAGCUUGUAGAAACUGAUUAAGAUUGUCACCUUGGGACAUGGACCAGCUGAAUGUAUUAAGAGGUACUGAACAUGCCUCGUAGUCCAACCUCCAGUGAAGAUGAUAUGGCUCAGAGUUUUUCAGAUUAUUCAGUGGAAUCUGAAUCAGACAGCUCCAAAGAAGAAACUAUUUAUGAUACUAUCAGGGCUACAGCAGAGAAACCAAGCAACAGGAUGGAAGACAUCCAGAGUAACACAUUAGUGAUAAGAAUAAUAAUUCCUGAUUUACAGCAAACGAAAUGUAUUAGAUUUAAUCCUGAAGCUUCAGUGUGGGUAGCAAAGCAGCGAAUUCUCUGCACACUGAAUCAGAGUUUGAAAGAUGUCCUUAAUUAUGGACUAUUCCAGCCUGCAAACAAUGGGAGAGAUGGGAAGUUUUUGGAUGAGGAGCGACUUCUUAUGGAAUAUCCACAGCCAGUAAAUAAGGGAGUUCCAUCCUUAGAGUUUAGGUACAAGAAAAGAGUAUAUAGGCCAUUUAAUCUUGAUGAAAAGCAGCUAGCCAAGCUACAUACCAAGGCUAAUCUGAGAAAAUUUAUGGACCAUGUUCACCACCUCUCUAUUGAAAAAAUAACAAAGAUGCUGGACCGAGGACUUGAUCCUAACUAUCAUGACUUAGAAAGUGGAGAAACCCCACUGACUUUGGCAGCUCAGCUUAGCAAUGCUGUUGAAGUGAUCAAAGCUCUAAAAAAUGGAGGAGCUCAUUUAGAUUACAGAGCCAAAGAUGGCAUGACAGCAUUACACAAGGCAGCCAGAGCCAAAAACCAAGUAACUCUGAAGACUUUGUUGGAACUUGGAGCAUCUCCAAACUACAAAGACAGCUGUGGUCUGACCCCAUUGUAUCACACUGCUGUGGUUGGAGGAGAUCCUUAUUGUUGCGAGUUGUUACUUCAUGAACAUGCUAUUGUUGGAUGCAAAGAUGAAAAUGGUUGGCAAGAGAUUCACCAGGCAUGCCGAUAUGGCCACGUCCAGCAUUUAGAACAUUUUCUGUUUUAUGGAGCAGAUAUGGGAGCACAAAAUGCCUCUGGAAAUACAGCAUUACAUAUAUGUGCACUUUAUAAUCAGGACAGCUGUGCAAGAGUUUUGCUGUUGCGAGGGGCCAACAAGGAAUUAAAGAACUAUAACAGUCAAUCUCCUUUUCAGGUGGCAAUAAUUGCUGGAAAUUUUGAACUUGCUGAAUUUAUCAAGAACCACAAGGAAAGUGAUAUUGUGCCAUUUAGAGAGACUCCUGCCUAUUCAAAUAGAAGACGGAGGCCCCAGAGCACCUUGACAGCACCUCGUGUCUUGCUAAGAUCCAAUAGCGAUAACAAUCUCAACAUCAACAUUCCUGACUGGUCAGCUUCCUCUUUAGCUUCUUCACACCGUAGCCUUUCACCUCAGCUACUCCAACAGAUGCAGAAUAAUCCCAAUGGAACUGUGAAAACUGUUGGGAGCUAUACUUCAUCCUCUCGAAGCCGCUCACCAUCAUUAAACAGACUAGGAGAGGAUGCAAAGAGGCAGCAACAUCGGCACACCAGUGCCAGUUACAACCCCAGUGCCAACAAGGAUACUGUAUCUGCCUUGGAUUAUCAGGGUCCAAAACGCAAACUUUACAGUGCUGUACCUGGAAGACUAUUUAUUGUCGUGAAGCCAUAUCAACCUCAAGGAGAAGGGGAGAUUCAUUUGCACAAAGGGGACAGGGUAAAAGUUUUGAGCAUUGGUGAAGGUGGAUUCUGGGAAGGCAGCACCAGAGGUCAUAUUGGGUGGUUUCCUGCAGAAUGUGUUGAAGAAGUGCAGUGUAAACCAAAUGAAAGCAAGCCAGAAACUCGAGCAGAUAGAACAAAGAAAUUGUUUAGACACUAUACUGUUGGAUCAUAUGACAGCCUUGAUGCUUCAAGUGACUGCAUUAUAGAAGAAAAAGCAGUGGUCCUGCAGAAGAAAGACAAUGAAGGAUUUGGGUUUGUGCUCAGAGGGGCCAAAGCCGAUACGCCAAUUGAAGAAUUCACCCCAACUCCAGCCUUUCCUGCUUUGCAGUAUCUGGAAUCAGUGGAUGAAGGAGGGGUAGCAUGGCAAGCUGGCUUGAGAACCGGAGACUUUUUGAUUGAGGUUAAUAAUGAAAAUGUAGUGAAAGUUGGACACAGACAGGUAGUGAACAUGAUUCGGCAAGGAGGCAAUCACUUAGUUCUUAAAGUUGUCACAGUGACCAGAAAUCUUGAUCCAGAUGAUACAGCCAGAAAGAAAGCCCCGCCACCUCCAAAACGGGCUCCAACCACUGCACUGACCUUGCGAUCUAAGUCAAUGACCUCAGAGCUUGAAGAGCUUGCUUCAGUACGGAAGAAGAAGGAUAAAGUGGAUGAAAUAGUACCAGUUUCCAAGCCAUCCAGAAUUCCAGACAAUGCAGCUAUGGAUUCAAGAGUGGCAACCAUUAAACAGCGACCUUCUAGUAGAUGCUUUCCCUCUGCUACAGAUAUGAAUUCAAUAUAUGAAAGACAAGGAAUUGCUGUGAUGCCACCAACAGUACCUGGGAGCCUCCAAGGCCCAUUUCUGGGUGUUCCUCGAGGUACAGUGAGAAGACAAAAAUCAAUAGGUAUAACAGAGGAAGAACGGCAAUUUUUGGCUCCUCCCAUGCUAAAAUUUACUAGAAGUCUAUCCAUGCCAGACACCUCUGAAGAUAUCCCUCCACCACCACAGUCUUUGCCACCAUCACCACCACCUCCUUCUCCCUCACUUUAUAACUCCCCCAAAUCUCCAAUGUCUAGAAUCUAUGGAACAAUAAAGCCUGCAUUUAAUCAGAAUUCAGGUUCAAAGAUAGCAGUUUUGGGUAGAUCUGAAAAUUUGGGAACAGUGAUAAGGGACAAAGGGAUAUAUUACCGAAGAGAGCUGGACCGUUAUUCUCUAGAUUCUGAGGACUUAUACAGCAGAAAUGCUGCAACUCAGGCAAGUUUCAGAAACAAGAGAGGUCAGAUGCCAGAAAACCCAUACUCUGAAGUUGGAAAAAUAGCAAGCAAAGCAAUGUAUGUCCCAGCCAAACCAGCAAGACGGAAGGGAAUGCUAGUAAAACAAUCUAAUGUUGAGGAUAGUCCAGAAAAAACUUGUUCUAUUCCAAUUCCAACCAUAAUUGUUAAAGAGCCAUCUACCAGUAGUAGUGGAAAAAGUAGCCAAGGAAGCAGCAUGGAAAUUGACCCACAGUCUUCAGAACAACCAGGACAGCUCAGACCUGAAGAUAACUUGACUAUCAGUAGUCCAUUUGCAGCUGCUAUUGCUGGGGCAGUAAGAGACAGGGAGAAGAGAUUAGAAGCCAGGCGUAACUCUCCAGCUUUCCUUUCCACGGAUCUUGGAGAUGAAGAUGUUGGCUUAACACCUCCAACACCACGUAUGAGACAAUCUAAGUUUACUGAAGAGGGAAUGUUUGGUAAUGAAGACAGCUUUAGACAACUUGUAUCACCGUCUCCCAUUCCAGCACCAAGAGAGUCCGAAAAUAAUUUUGAUAGUAAUGAAUUGAAUAAUCAAAGUGAUACAAGGACACCAAACUCUUCAACCCCAACAACAGUGUGUUCAGAAAAUAAUGCAUUGGCAACUCAGAAUGCUGGUGUGUCCAGUUUGGAUAACUAUGUUCAUCCACUCACAGGAAAAUUACUGGAUCCAAAUUCUCCUUUAGCCCUUGCCCUUUCUGCCAGAGACAGAGCCAUGAAAGAGCAAACCCAACAAAUUCCAGGGAAAGGAGAAUCAGGUAAAGCAGACCUUAACAAACCCCUUUAUAUAGACACAAAGAUGCGGUCCAACAUUGAAACCACAUUUCCAGUGACAGCUACAAUUGCUAGGCAAAAUACACGUGGUCCACUAAGGAGGCAGGAAACAGAAAACAAAUAUGAGACAGAUAUGGUUAAGGAGAGGAGACCUGAAGAAAAGAAGAAUAUGCUGAUAAAUAUUGUUGAUACCUCACAACAGAAGUCAGCUGGCUUGCUCAUGGUUCAUACAGUAGACACAGCACAACCCAAUGAUGUCCCUGAAAAUGAAGAAGGAAGAGCUGAGAUAGAUGUGAAUAUUGAACAUCCUUUGCCAGAUGCACAGCCAAGUACAGAUGCAGCAGAAAGUGGACUAGAUGAUGCUGGCGUGCCAGAGCCACCUGCAUCUCCCUGCAAAACUGUUGCAACAGUUGGCUCUGUAGAGGAUCCUAUCAUUUUGCCAUUUCGUAUCCCUCCACCUCCUUUAGCAUCUGUUGAUCUCGAUGAAGAUUUUAUCUUUACUGAGCCAUUACCACCUCCUUUGGAAUUUGCUAACAGUUUUGAUAUCCCUGAUGACCGUUCAGUUCCAGGUUCUGCGCUAACAGACUUGCUCAAACAAAGAAAGAAUGGAACUUCAUCUGCUUCAUUUAACCCACUUCAGUCCUCAAAUUCAACAGACAGUAAGAAACCAAUGGGUCUUUCAAACUGUUUACCUGCCUCAUUUUUACCACCCCCUGAAAAUUUUGAUAAUGUCACCGACUCUGGGAUUGAAGAGGUGGACAGUCGAAGCAGUAGUGAUCAUCACCUAGAGACAACCAGCACUAUCUCAACUGUGUCCAGCAUCUCUACCUUGUCCUCUGAAGGUGGCGAGAACUUGGAUACUUGUACAGUCUAUGCAGAUGGGCAAACAUUUCUGGUGGACAAACCCCCAGUACCUCCUAAGCCAAAAAUGAAGCCCAUAAUCAACAAAAGCAAUGCACUUUACAAGGAUGCGCUAAUUGAAGAAACUGUAGAUAGUUUUGUUAUUCCUCCACCGGCUCCACCUCCACCUCCUGUUAGCGCACAACCUAACAUGGCUAAAAUUGUACAGCAAAGGACCUCUAAGCUAUGGGGUGAUGUAACAGAAGUUAAAAGCCCAGUUCUCUCAGGCUCAAAGGCUAAUGUCAUUAGUGAACUGAAUUCAAUACUCCAGCAAAUGAAUAGAGACAAAUCCUCAAAGCCAGGGGAAGGACUGGAGUCACCUACUGGAACAAAACCUGCAAGUCUUAGUACAAGGAGCACAGAAGUCAUGAGCACUGUCUCAGGUACUCGAAGUUCAACCAUCACUUUUACUAUCCGGCCUGGAACUAGCCAGCCAAUCACACUACAGAGCAGAUCCCCAGACUAUGAUAGUAGGACAUCAGGAGCAAGAAAUGCUCCAAGUCCAGUGGUUUCACCAACCGAGAUAAGUAAAGACAUCAUGCCAGCUCCUCUGACUGCUGCUGCUCCAGUUGCAUCUCCCUCUCCAACUCUUUCUGAUGUUUUUAGCCUACCCAGCCAGCCUCCUUCUGGGGACCUCUUUGCUUUGAACACAGGGCGCAGCAGGUCUCCUUCUCCCUCAAUAUUGCAACAACCAAUCUCAAAUAAGCCUUUUACAACUAAGCCUGUCCACCUGUGGACUAAACCAGAUGUGGCAGAUUGGUUGGAAAGUUUAAACUUAGGUGAACAUAAAGAGACUUUUAUGGAUAAUGAAAUAGAUGGCACUCACUUACCAAACCUCCAGAAGGAAGACUUGAUAGACCUUGGAGUUACUAGAGUUGGCCACAGAAUGAAUAUAGAAAGAGCUUUGAAACAGCUAUUGGACAGAUAAGAUUGACUAUUCUUGCCUCACAAACUUUUGUUAUAAAUAGAGAUGGGCUGGUACUGAAACACCCCAAUUGCCUUGCUACCCACAAGUACCACCAAGUUAAAGUAUCUAUAGCUUCUGGUACUUGGCAGCAUAGAAGUUAAUGUCCAGGAGAAAAUUCUGAAUUACAUUAAUGGGACCAUGUAAUUCAAGACGGAGGAAGGAAGAAGGUGGGAAGAGAGAAUAAAAAUAAAGAAAAAAUUCAAACUUAGAACUGUAUAAACUGUCACUGUAUCCAAAUUGUUGAUAAAAUUCCCAUUUUUGUAAAGGGGAGGGA